AAACAUGCUACAGCUAAGCCCGUUUGCUAGUAACUGUUUAUUUUUUACAAGUUUUGCUAUAGUCACUACUCUAUUUGGGAAACUUUUAUUACACAUUGAUAUCAACAAAAGGACUUACAACCAUGUUCCUGGAGAAUGUGGCGUUAUUCCUAAUUUGCCAGGAAUUCUUGGACUAACUACCAGUACCACGGGACGACUGUAUAUGACUACGAACUCGAAAGACAUCAAUACAGACCAAACACAUCUCUUCACAUUUUACUCCGACAAUCGUACCGCUCGAGAAAUAGAGAUUCGCGGCGGACCACCAAAAUGGCGUCUGACACCAGGAGCAUUAAGUAUCAACAGUGAGACAAGUAAUCCAAAUGUUUUUGUGCACAAUAAAAGGACCAACAAUAUCGAUGUUUUUGAGACAAACGAACAGAAUGAUGCGUGGCAAUACCGAAAAACAUUCAAAGAUGAGCAAUUUGAAGGACUCACUGAUAUAUCGGCUGCUGGUCUAAAUUCGUUCUUUUUUGUUAAAUCCAGUAUAUUUGGAACCAACUUUGCAUUAAAUAUCAUUGAACGAGUUGUACCGAUUCCAACCGGUUACAUUUAUUUUGUGAGUGGAAAUAAUAUACAACAAAUAUCCCGAGUUUCUUUCCCAACUGGCAUCGUUUAUGAUUCUGUAAAAAAAUCAAUUUUUGUUACGUCAUCCACCAGAAACUCUAUUUAUCGAAUGAAGGUGCAAGUCAAAAAUGGAAUUGAAAUAGUUAGUUCGAAGGAGUACGAUCUAGGCUGCUCGCCGAGCUCAAUUUGGAAAGAUUUUGAUGGCUCAUUUUUGAUUACCUGCCAUCCAGUUAAAUUUCGGUAUUUACUCAGUCUAUUUAAUGUCAUAACAUCUUCACCAUCUUUGAUACUUCGAGUUGCUGUACCCACGGACAAAGAUAAACCUCUAACAAUCACACAAUUAUACUCUAACGAUGGUGCCACUAUUUCCAACGCAAAUGUGACAGUCCGAGCGGGAAGGAGUCUUCUUAUUUCCGAUGGAACUAAAAUUCUCAAUUGCCAUUUAUAAACUAGUUUUAUUUGCAUUGUAGUCGUUACAAAAAUUUGAAAUUAUAAAAAUGUAUUAGGUUUCA